GAAUGCAAGGAGAGCCAUGAAGAAGGAAUAACUAGCCAACAGCAUGGUGAAACCGACCAAAUAACCUGCAAAGGAGAAGACAGAAGACAGUUAUUCUCUUAACCCUAAAAGGGCUUGGGGAGGGAAGGUACACCGUAAAAUGAAUGAAAAUGGACAGUGACGGAGAAAAUGACCCUCGUGCUCACUCGACACCGAAGAGGUACGAGAAUGAAAACGCAUCUGGAAUGGAUCCCGCGGUAACACCACACAGUGAUGAUCUAUCGGGACAACCUAAGGCAGGCGGUGGCCGACUUGGGCUGGACCAGACGGGGGAAUCUACCAGGUCACUGUUAUCCGUCCUGUCGCACAGCAGUGUGGAAAAUGACUCUGGGAGCAGGUCCUCCUCAACAGCCUCAUUUUCGUCUUCAUCUUCUCAUUCAACUUCCCGCAAGAGAAGAUCAAAAUCACCCCCAUCUUCGUCAAUAAGCCAUUCCAAGUCACCAACACAGUCCAACCAAUCAAGUUCCAGAGCUAGGUCUGCCUCUGCUACCAGCCAAUCAAGUGCAAGACACCAAAAUGCCUCCCAGGCAUCCAGCCAAUCAAAGCACAGGUCCCGCACAGCAUCUGCAAGGACCAGCCAAUCCAGUUCGAGAACAACCCCCGUCAGAGUUAGCUCCUCCUCCUCUGCAAAGACGCUCACUGAAUCACCCUCCGAGCCACAGCUCACCCCCUGGGAGAAAUGGUUGGUGCGAAAAACUGAAGAGGAACGUAAGCGGGUCGGACUACAAGUCCGCCGGGAGAGGGAAGAAGCAAGGCAAAAAGCUGAAGCUGAGAGGGUGAAAAAAGAAAAGGAAACAUUCAUCAAGGCCAGAGUGGAUGAGUGGAUCGAGGAGAGAACAAAGACAGAACAGAAAAAAAGGAAAAGCAAAACCAGAAAGGAACAGCAGAAGAAAGAGGAAGAAGAGAGAAAACAAGAAGAAAUACUGGAACGCGCCAAGGCAAACAGGCAAAAGUGGCUGGAUGACAAGAAGAAGAAAGAACAAGAACAGAAACAGAAGGAAGAAGAAGAGGAAGCCAGAGCCACCGAGGCAGAACAGGAACGCAGAGCCAAAGCCGAGGAAGCGUACAACAAAUGGCGUCAGCAAGCAAGCAAGAAACCCAGCCCAAUACCAAGCAGUCAAGGUUACUACGACACUGCUGCUUACCCCAUCCCCAACUUCUACAAUCCUAUUCCAUGGACGCCUAUCCAUGUACCGAAACCUAAAGAGGGGCGUGGCCGAGGCAGAAGAGGCGGGCAAGCGGGAGGUUCAAAGAGAGGUCAAAGGUCAGCUAAGAAGGCCCAGGGGGUCGUUCUCCAGCCCGCCUCCCCGCCACUGCUUUUCAAGGACAGGCAGACACCGGAGAAGUGCAAUAAGUGGGGAAGGCCUAGGUGAUUGGAUGGCUACUAACUGCUCAAACCUUGAUGCUCCCUCCCCCUAAUCAGGCUCCACCCCUUUUCAGACUCCAACCCGUAGUACUCUUCCCCCUUAAAGGUAGAGUAGAUCAUUUGUCCUUUGUGCAUGUUUUUUAUUUGAAGCAACAAAAGUGCUUAAAAUCUGACGGCUAUUGUUCUAAGGGAUCAUGUUACUGGGGAAGAGGGAAAAGUUAAUCAGGGGUACACACUUCUAUGAAAGGGUAGGAGACAUCUAAUAAAAAAAGGGGUGAUUUAUUCAGGGGAGCUACACCUAUACCUAAACACUAAAAGCAAUACAGUAAAAACUACAAGUUAAAUUUGGCCCUGCCACACUCGCAAACGGCGAUAGGUCAAUUGCCCCUGAAGUCAGCAUCUGGGACACAUUCUCAUUUGGCGGAUUGCAGCUACACGCGUCACACACCGAACUGACAAAUAAUAGCAACCUUGCACGUGCAUGCUUUGUGUCAACGGUUGCGCACACCCAUUCACGGACUUGCCCAAUUCCAAACCAACUAUUAACGGAAAUUUCCAAAAAUGUGUCACUUGACACAUCUUUGGAAAUGAACUUCUUUUUUUGUUUUCUUUAAAAUGAC